ACCCACGUUACAGCAAGAGGGAAGCCUAACCGCUUGCUCCUCUCCCUUAAAACCCCUUUCAUCCUCUUCCCUCGUAUUCACAAGCAACCCAAACUGUAACACUGUGAGAAUUCUUCAGUUUUCUACAAUGGCUAAUAACAUGAAGGUGUUUCUGCUAGCACUUAUGCUGGCUCUCUUUGUAGCGGUGGUGUUGACGAAAUCCGAUGGAGAUGUGGAGGAGACCGUACAGGGAAUGAGAAGAGAAGGAGAGGAAGGAUCUGAAACAUGGACAACAUGGGCCAAGGACAAGAUCUCCGAGGGUUUGGGCUUCAAGGAUAAAGCUGAUGAAGAAGAGGGAGCAAGAAAAGCAAGAGAGGGCGUAAAAAGUGCUACAGAAAAAGCCCAAGAUGUAGCCUCUGAUGUCGGAGGUUAUGCUGCUGACAAAGCCGGAGACCUCAAAGAAGGAGCCAAAGAAGGAGCCUAUUUGACCGGAGAAGCAGCAAUGCGAAGCAAAGACAGGGCUGCAGGCGUAGCCUCAGAUGCCGGCAGCUAUGCCUCUGACAAGUCCGAGAAAGCCAAAGAUGUAACCGGAGAAGCAGCAAGAAAAGGCGAAGGCACUGCUGCAGAUGCCGGAACAUACUUCAGCGAGAAAACAAGCGAAGUAAAAGACGCUGCGAUGGAGAAGGCUUCACAGGCAAAAGAGGCAUCGGAGAGAGCUGCGGAGGAGGCGAGUAGAAAAGCGGAAGAAGCGAAGGAGAGGGCGAAGGAGAAGGCUAAGGCAGGUUACGAUGGUGCUAAAGCUAAGGCGGGAGAGACCUUGGAUUCAGCUAAGGAGAAGAUAUCUUCUAGCUAUGAGGCUGCUAAGGAGAAGGUUGGGGGCGGAGGUCAUAGGAGGGAAGAGGAGCUUUAAGUGUUUAUGUGGGUUGUAGCGUCGUGGUUUUGUUUGACGUAAUUACCUUUUUUUCCUUCUUGUUUUCCAAGAAUGUGAUGCUUUGUAUAAAUAUAGUAGUACUUUUAUAGAUUUGGAGAUCGUUUUAAAAGUAAAGCAAGUGGUGGAAGUAGAAUUUAUUGUUA